AAUAAUAAUUCUACCCCAAAAAAAAAAACAUUAUAAUUUUGCGGACAUUUUUACGAACUUCGAAAAAAGACAAAGUACUUACUAAAUGAGAAAAUAACAACGACAAAAAGAAUAAAGAAUUGCUCACCAAAACAAAAAAGAAUAAAGAAUUAAAAAAUUACCAACCCCUUUAUCUCUUUCAACCUCACCUUCUCAAAGCAGAACCUCAUAGUUUUGCUUUGCUCCAAUAUCUCAAAAAAUUUGGUGAACAGAACAAUCAUUACUUGCAGUGGUUCACCAUCUCUCUUUCUCAUCUCUCUAUCCUAUGAAUAGGCAUUUUCAUAAACAUACUCAAGAGAAAAGAGAAAACCUAAGAACUCAAACCAUGACUUCCAUCAGAAGCAACCUCUUCUUCCAUCUUUUUUUUCUACUUCUCCCUACUCUUAUCCAAGCGCUUAACACUGAUGGUGUUGCCUUACUCUCUUUCAAAUACUCUAUCCUCAAUGACCCUCUCUCUGUUCUACGAAACUGGAACUACGACGAUGAAACACCGUGCUCUUGGACCGGUGUUACCUGUACAGAGCUUGGGACUCCCAACACCCCAGACAUGUUAAGAGUAACAAGCUUGGUUCUUCCCAACAAACAGCUUCUCGGUUCUGUUUCUCCCGACUUGUUUUCAAUCCUACAUCUAAGGAUCUUGGAUCUCUCCAACAAUUUCUUCCAUGGGUCACUGUCGGAUUCUGUGUCCAAUGCCAGUGAGCUUCGUGUUCUAUCCCUUGGUAACAACAAGGUUUCUGGUGAACUACCCGGUAGUAUCAGCAACGUGGCUAGUCUCCAGCUCUUGAAUCUCUCUGCCAACGCCUUCACCGGCAAAAUCCCUCCCAAUCUCCCCCUUCUCAAGAAUCUGACAGUCAUUUCCUUGGCGAAGAAUUCCUUUUCAGGCGAUAUUCCAAGCGGGUUUGAAUCAGUACAGGUUCUGGAUGUUUCCUCAAAUCUUCUAGACGGAUCUCUUCCUCCGGACUUUGGAGGAACAAGUCUGCAUUACCUCAACCUAUCACAAAAUCAAAUCUUCGGCAUGAUAUCUCCAUCUUUCACCGAGAAAUUUCCAGCAAGCGCCAUCCUUGAUCUCUCCUUCAACAAUCUAACAGGACCAAUCCCUAGUACACAACCAUUGCUUAACCAAAAGACCGAGUCUUUUUCUGGUAAUAUAGGCUUGUGUGGUCAGCCACUAAACACCCUUUGUUCAAUCCCUUCUACUCUAUCAGACCCACCAAAUAUCUCUGAAACUACUUCACCAGCAAUAGCAGUCAUGCCCAAAACUCCAACACCAACAACUCCAUCAAUAGAAUCACCAAAUCAAACAGCCAAAAGCAAACUAAAACCAAGCAAAAUCGUCGGCAUUACACUUGCAGAUAUAGCUGCUCUAUCUCUCAUAGCCAUGUUUAUCCUCUACAUAUACCAGCUCAAGAAACGUAGAAGCUACCAAGAAUACAGCACUUUCAACGUCUUACAAAAAUGUCUAGAGAAAAACGAUACAUUAUCCGUCAAGAAAUCGAAACACAACCUAGCCGCCGCCUCGGAGUUCACGAAAUCUCCACCUGCAAAAAUGGGAUGUGGCUCGUGGAUAAUUAGAGGGUACGACGAAACAACGUCAGCAUCAUCUGAGAGUGACGUAGAGAACCAAAUUCAAGACAAGAAACCCAUUGAGGCAUUUAAUCGAACAAGUGGUGGGCGUCUAAAACACAAUACUGAAACUCAACUAGUGACGGUGGAUGGAGAGACUCAGCUAGAGCUAGAUACUCUAUUAAAGGCAUCAGCUUACGUACUUGGAACCAGCAGAAGCGACGGAAUCGUGUAUAAAGCGGUGUUAGAGAACGGUGAGGCUUUUGCGGUGCGGCGGAUUGGUGCGGAGAGUUGUCCGGCGGCGAAAUUUAAGGAAUUCGAAAAGGAAGUUCAGGGUAUCGCUAAACUUCGCCACCCAAAUCUCGUUAGGGUUCGUGGCUUCGUCUGGGGGAAAGAAGAGAAGCUUCUCAUCUCCGACUAUGUCCCAAAUGGAAGCCUACCUCUCUCCUCCAUCUCCGCAAAAUCAGGCUCGUCUUCUCAUAAUCCUCUCUCAUUUGAGGCACGGCUUAAGAUAGCAAGAGGAAUAGCUAGAGGAAUUGCUUACAUCCACGAGAAGAAGCAUGUGCACGGCAACAUCAAGGCCAAUAACAUUCUCUUGGACUCCGAGUUUGAGCCCAUAAUUACAGAUAUGGGCCUUGAUCGUAUUAUGGCUCCGGCCCAUUCACUCACGGCUGGACCAGUGUCGAGCCCACAGCACCAUCCACCAGAGUGGUCGACAAGCCAAAAGCCAAACCACAAAUGGGAUGUCUAUUCCUUUGGUGUUAUAGUCUUGGAGCUUCUCACAGGUAGAGUUUUUUCGGUUGAUCGAGAUUUGGUUCGCGAUUCUGAGACCGAUGAGAAAAGUUGGUUCUUGAGGUUGGUCGAUGGGACAAUUAGGGAUGAUGUGGCUCACCGCGAGGAUGAGGCUGUUGCAUGCUUGAAGUUAGGCUAUGGUUGUGUCUCUUCCUUGCCUCAAAAGCGACCGUCCAUGAAGGAAGUGGUGCAAGUGUUAGAGAAAAUGUUUGUUUAGUUGUUUACUUUAUUCAAUUUAGAAAGAUAUCAGUGUAAAUGGAUUACUGUGUCAUUUGAAUUGUUUUCUUUUUUUUUUAUUUCUUUUUAUUUUCGUGAUAAAGUAUCAUAUUGUCAUUUAGGUGAUUUGUAAAAGUGAUGCUUUUGGGAGAUGAAAUUAAAUAUAUAGCACCACAAAGUUGGAAAUGAA